GUAGGAUAGGAACAGCCUUAUUACCUCACCAAGGCAUCUUAGAAUCGCUGGUUGUGUCAUGUUAAAGCAGCUUUAAAUCUAUCUUUAAAUCUCACUGGUAUAAAGUGAAUGUUCAGAUGCUGAAGUUCUCUUAUUGCGCUGACGUGGCAAUUGUAUGUUUAGGGACUCAACUUGCCUUCGCAACCAUCGGCGUUCCUCCCCAACUUGGAUUUUUAAAUUUUGUACUGUUUCUUCUAGAGUACAUGAGCCUGAGGGCCAGAUCUCGUGAAAUCCAGUUGACCAAAACCAAAACUACAAACUACCCAUGCACACACACCACGCACCACGCACCACCACACACCCAAACAACAGGCAAAAUUUGUGGUCUCUUUUCUCCUCCACUUUUUCAAGCUCACUGGAGAUCGUUCGGCCAUCGAAGGUGUUAACCAGUUGCCAUCCAAUCGCAACAAUACAGUUAGUUACACACCGCUCUUUGGCAAGGAAAAGAGCAAGCGUCAAAGAAGAUCAUUCUAUUGGUACUUUAUUACAACAGCUGACAAUCCAAUCAAUACAAGUGAAAGGUGCACUGCUUUCACUGCUUUUUUCCAUUCAUUCUAAUCCGAGGGUACAUCCAUUUCUACACAACGAGUGUUCCAACCAAACGAGAAGAUGGUGAGAAGGUUAAUUCGAUCAAUGUCCGGCGAUGACGGUGGAGCCGGUAAUCGAGGCGAAGGAGGUGGCCUUAUCAGGAGUGGCAGCAAGAGGUUCAUGAAGACAUUGUCCACUGCCAAUGUCAUGGUGGGAGUCUUGGAAGAAGGUGUCAAAGCCGGGGCCAGUCUCGGCAUGGAACUCGGCACCGGUGCUGCCGCUGGAGUGGCGGGUGCUGCCGGGGCCGUGGGCAGUCUGACAUCCUUUUCUUCCCAGAAACGCAACAAGGGCUCCAGUGCCCGACGACGACUGUCCGAAUUGAACAUUUUUGGCGACGGAGAAAUCAUGACGGUCGAACAUACCCUCAAGAAUAUUCAGCAAACCAAAGAAAACGUUCACGUCACCAAAUUGGAAUUGGAGGAUGUCAUUAAUCGAGAAGACGGAAAAGAGGCUCAAGUAUUUGGAGCUGUCAAAGACAUGCUCCUCAACGAUGGCGGUCGACAAUGGAAAUACAUUAGUUUUAUUGAUACCAUUCGCGUGGGAUUCAUGGGUGAGGACGUGUCCCGCCUCAAGUCCUACGAGAAAGAACUACAAACUCUGUGGGCUGGUAUCCAACAAGAAGCCGAAGGCAAGCCGCUACGAUUCCAGGUCAAACUGGAAAUCCUAGAAGAUACAACCGUCGCAACAAUCAUCGAUCUAUUCACGGAGCUGCAACGAAUGCACAUUGUCAAAAUCGAAUAUAUGGGAGGUCUCUAUGGUUACAAACCUCCGGAGAUUGCCGAUGCCCUCUACGAGCUCUGUAAGCCCGAAGACGAAUUUUCCAGUGUCGAAAAAUGCGGUGUUUUGAAUGAUAUGAUCCUCCUGACGGUGCAUCUGACAGCAUGCGAAGAAUCCACAGACCAGACGGAAGCACCAACAACAACCACCAAAGACGCAACAACAUCCCACAAAGACAAGUCAAAAGUCAAAAUAUGGAAAAAGGUACUGCGCAAAAGUGUCAAUCGGCUCAAGGGAAAGACCACCUCGUGCAGUGGUGACAGCGAGUCGGACUUGUCCGCCAUGAGAGCUGCCGCGGUACGGGCUCGCCCUAGUAGUGCGUACCGCAAUACGAGAACCAGCCGAUCCUUGUCGCCUCCCCGAAAGACCAGCAUGGCGCGAUCUGAUCACGAAGCGAAAAGCUCCGCAUUGGAUUUGAGUGGCCAUGGUGGUACCAGCCACAACAGACGCCGAAAACCUCGUCGUAUCGGAACUCCACCAGCAUCGCCCACGAGAGGAGAGCAGCAGGAAAGUGGUGGUGGUAGUCCAAAGGGCGACGAACGGACGAAACGAUCCAGCCGAUCCGUUUCGCCCAAGACAAGGCACUCGCACGAUCCCAAUUUGGUCAAAAAGGCGGCCAUGGCGGCCGAGUCUGUAUCAUCCCCCAGAAGAAAGACAGACCCGCUGGGAGGAUUCGACUCGAGCCACCACCGACGACGUAUGAAUAUUCAUAUUGUAGCUUUGCCAUUGGACGACGAUAGUGAGGAUGAUGAAAUGGCCAAUGACAACAAUAGCAAUGGCAGUUUUGAGGAGGAGGAAAAGAUGCCUCCUCCUCCCCCACCGCCUGGUCGACUGAAGCGUGCGAUUUCCUCGCCCAUGGAACGGCCGUCUGGUCUUGUUUCUUCCAGAGGAGGAGGAUUGAAGCGUUCCCACAGUAUGAAUCGAAAGCGACGCCCAAAAGGCCACGAGGAGAAAAAGAAAGCGACACCAAUCCCCGACUACGACUGGAGCACCCAUGUCUGCUCUCAUGGUCCCGAAGCGGAGUGUGGCGAGUGCACCGCCGCAAAAUCAGCCUAAGACGAUCCUCGAUCGAUCGUUUUCGGUAAUGCGCUGAGCUGUUAUGAAUAAAAUGUAUUUAAUAAUUAGAGAAUCUGCCUAUUUCGUUU